AUGCGUAUUUCCAGAGCCGAGACAGCGGGCUCGAGUUUCACAACGAGCAAAACCCUCACCAAUAUCAUCGGUCUUCUUUCGCGCUCGAGCGCUCCCCUUUGUGGAGUCCACCCCCCGGUUGAUACCGAUUUUGGACCGCCUGCAAUUCCCGAAUAUUCUAGUGACAGGCCACACCAAACAGCUGAAUGGAUGAGCCAAGAGUACCAGCCUAAUUCUGAAGUGGGCGAAGGCCUGGAGUCAAGCGAAAACCAGGAUACUACUGGAAAUACCCUAGAAAAUCCGUGGGGCUCAUCCAAUGCCAUGGACACCACGUGGGUCACCGACUUGGGACUCAGUCCUGUCGUCCUCGAGCAUCUUCUAGACAAGUUCCGCGGCAUGGCGUGUUACUUUCCAUUCGUGCGGCUUCCAUACACCUGUACUGCUGCAUCAAUGGCUGAAGAUCGCCCCUUCCUAUUGCUUGCAGCUGUUGCUGCUGCUUCCUCGAAAUACUGUCAUCUUCAAGACGCUCUGAUAAGACAAUUUAAAGAGUCCCUCAGCCAGCGGGUUAUCAUAGCUGGCGAGAAGGAUCUAGACCUGCUACAGGGAUUACUGGUCCAUCUUGCCUGGUUCCAUUUCCACUUUGUCCCAGGAAGUCAGCAAGCAUACCAGUACUCACAAAUUGCAAUCAGCAUGGUCAUUGACCUUCGCCUCGAUCAAGAGGCUGCCGACCUAGUUGAGCAGCAAACCGAGCUGAGUGAUACUUAUAUCCGGGAAGCAUGCCGUGCUUAUCUAGGCUGCUAUUACAUAUCUAACAUAAUAGCACUGUCUUCGGGGAAGCCCAACAAUCUCAAAUUUCACAAGGACAUGCUUCGAUGCGCGAUGAUGCUGCAGCAACAGGCAGAAUUUGAAACUGACCUCUUGAUAUACCCAAUGACGAAGGUGCUACAGUUCACUGAGGAAGUCUGCGAGACUCACCGGUCAGAAGGCAUUCAUAGCCCUCGGUUGUACAUCCAUGCUGAACGAUUCACGACGUGGUUAGAAGAAUGGUGGUCGUCUCUAUCGACGGAUCUUCGCAAUACGGUGUUGCUGAUCAACGGCUAUUAUGCCGCCAAGAUUCGGAUUCAAGAAAUGGGCUUGGUAUAUUGCUACGGGCAGAGAAGACCUCCAUCUCCAGAGGCGCAGGAAGGUUCUACCAUCUUAUCUGCACAUCCAAUGGUCAUCAGCAACUUGAUCAAAUGCAUCAGCUCUACGAAAGAAUAUCUCGAUUCUUUUUUCGCCCUUCCCGAGGCGGAGCAAAAUGACUUGCCAUUUUCUGCAUGGUGUCAAGUUGUUUUGACUGUCUUUGUGCUGUACAGGUUGUCCGUGGGACUGCCAGAAUUACCCCAGUGGAACGUGGAGAUUGCACAGCAAACUGUGGACCUACAAGAAUACAUUGAUAAACUGUUGUCUCAUUUACAGGCUAUUAGGCCAUUGCCGAAUAGGCAAAUACCCACCAAAAGCCUCUUUUCAAGGCUGCCCGAGAUCAUGGGAAGUGUAAGAACUUCCUAUGCAUUGGCAAAAGAGAAUCCCGCAGAGGUUCGUGAUAGCCGCCAUGCUCAUCACGAGCUUAAGGCUUCUAAUAACACACCCUCGUCUGUUCAAGGGCUGCACCGCUGCCCUGCAGUGCGGUAUUCGAGCCGCUGUCACGUCGCCCAGGCUCAGGAUCUACCCACACUACAAAGCGCUAUUACUACGGAAGUACAGAGUAUAGAAGAUGAGAAGCUUUGGGGUGAUCUUUUUUUGAUGGAUACACUUUCUAGCAUGACAGGUUCAUCAUCUUUAGAGUUUUGA